GUGGGCCGUGCCAGGGAAGAUGGCUGCGGAGCUGCACCAGCGCAGCGGCAAGCUGAUCAGCCUCACGAACUCGAACCGAACCGCGCAACGCAGCCAGCCCAUCCAGGAGUUCAACCACGGGCUGGUGCUGAGCCGGGAGCCGCUGCGGGACGGGGACGUGUUCACCGUGCGCAUCGACAGGAAGGUGAACUCGUGGAGCGGUUCCAUUGAGAUCGGGGUGACUGCUUUGGACCCGGCCUCGCUGGACUUCCCCAGCAGCGCCACGGGCCUCAAGGGGGGGUCGUGGGUGGUGUCGGGCUGCUCGGUCCUGCGGGACGGGCGCUCCAUCCUGGAGGAGUACGGGAGAGACCUGGACCAGCUGGGGGAGGGGGACCGCGUGGGGAUCCAGCGGACGGCGCAGGGGGAGCUGCAUCUGUGGGUGAACAGCCAGGACUGCGGCGUGGCGGCUUUUGGACUGCCCUCCCGGGUGUGGGCAGUGGUGGAUCUGUACGGGAAGUGCACCCAGAUCACCGUGGAGUCUUGCGAGCCCCCCUCGGAGCAAGGGGGGGAGGGGGAGGAAGAGGAGGAGGAGGAGCAGAGGGAGGGGGCUGCAUUACCAGCCCCCUCAGCGGAGGAGGAAGUACCAGCGUUGCUUCAGAGUCAAAGCCGUCCAGACAAACUCCCAAACAGCCUGGACACAGAGAAUGGCUUCACACAGCAGGAGCCGUCCAGUGUCGUGAACAACGCGAUCCUGUCCGCGUGCGGGGGUGGCGGCGACAGCCGGGGAGCCCUGCUGGAGAUUCCCGGGGGAGGGGGAGAGGGCGGGGUCACCACGAAUGACGCCCUGCUGUUCCACGAGAAGUGUGGCACCCUCAUCAAGAUGAGCAAUAACAACAAGACGGCAGAGCGGCGGCGCCCCCUGGACGAGUUCAACAACGGGGUGGUGAUGACCAACCGGCCGCUGCGGGACAACGAGACGUUCGAGAUCCGGAUUGACAAGCUGGUUGACAAGUGGUCAGGUUCGAUAGAGAUCGGAGUGACAACUCACAACCCUAAUAACCUGGACUACCCCGCCACCAUGACCAACCUCAGAUCGGGCACCAUUAUGAUGAGUGGGUGUGGCAUUCUCACCAACGGGAAGGGGACGCGCCGGGAAUACUGCGAGUUCAGUCUGGAUGAGCUGCAGGAAGGGGAUCACAUCGGCCUGGUGCGGAAAGUGGGCGGAGCGCUGCAUUUCUGUAUCAACGGCAUCGACCAGGGUAUAGCUGCCACUCAGACCCCCCCCACGGUGUACGGCGUGGUCGACCUCUACGGCAUGGCAGUCAAGGUGACCAUCGUCCACAACCACAACCACAGCGACCGGCUGAGGAGAAACAACGCCAUCAUGCGGGCGCUGUCCCCCGACGCGGGGCGGGGCCGCGGGGCGCUGCAGCCUGGGGCCGACCCCGACGGCGACCGGCUCCUCUUCCACCUCAACUGCGGCCAGAAAGCGGGCAUCAUCAACGAGGGCAGGACCGCGCUGCGGCCGCAUGCCACGGACGAUUUCAACCACGGCGUGGUCCUGAGCGCCCGCCCCCUGCGCAGCAACGAGGUCUUCCAGGUGCGCAUCGACAAGAUGGUGGACAAGUGGGCGGGGUCGAUCGAGAUCGGAGUCACCACCCACAACCCCGCCUACCUGCAGCUGCCCUCGACCAUGACCAACCUCCGCUCAGGUACUUGGAUGAUGACCGGGAACGGAGUCAUGCACAACGGAACCACGAUCCUGGACGAAUACGGACACAACCUGGACCGCUUGAAGGCGGGUGACACAGUGGGGGUGGUCCGGAAGGACGAUGGCAGUCUGCACUUCUUUGUGAACGGAGUGGCUCAGGGUCCCGCUGCCUGGAACGUGCCCCCCAGCGUGUAUGCCGUGGUGGAUCUGUAUGGGCAGGCAGCACAGGCUACCAUCAUGGAUGACAUGGCGGAUCUGCCCCCCCUCCCCGACGACGUCUCCGAAGGCAACAACCAGCUGUCCCCCAGCAGCCCUUGCUCAGUGGUGUCAGCCAAUGACCUUCGCUUCCAUCAUCUCCACGGCAGCAAUGCUGUCAUCACUAACGGGGGCCGGACCGCCCUGAGACAGAACUACAGGAGUGAGUUCAACGACGCCAUCGUCAUCUCCAACAGGUCCCUGCGGGACGGAGAGCUCUUUGAAAUCGUGAUUCAGAAGAUGGUGGAUCGCUGGUCUGGGUCUAUCGAGGCUGGAGUGACGGCGAUCAGGCCAGGUGAGCUGGAGUUUCCCAACACCAUGACUGACAUCGACUAUGACACCUGGAUGCUCAGCGGCACGGCGAUCAUGCAGGACGGGAACACCAUGCGCAACAACUACGGCUGCGACCUGGACUCCCUGACCACGGGCUCCCGGAUCGGGAUGAUGCGCACGGCCACGGGAGACCUGCACUACUACAUCAACGGAGUGGACCAGGGCGUGGCCUGCUCGGGGCUGCCCGCCGAGAAAGAGGUGUUUGCGGUUAUUGAUCUGUACGGUCAGUGUGUCCAGGUGGCCAUCACAAGUUCCUCUGGCCCUCUGGACAACAGUCUGUCCACCUGCAACAUCACAGAGAAGAGCUUCCCCAUUCACUCUCCAGUCCCGGGGGUGGCUCACCGGCUCCACAGUAAGCACGGGAAGAACGUGAUGCUGCAGAGCGAGGGCUGCCAGGCUGUGCGAGGGGGUGGAUACUCACACGGCAUCGUCUUCAGCAUCAAGGAGCUCAAAUCAGACGAGCUCUUCGAGGUGAAGAUCGAUGAGGUGGACGAGAGGUGGUCAGGCUCUCUCCACAUCGGACUGACCACCCUGCAGCCGGCGGACAUCCCCUGCACCAGCCUGUCCGCAUGUCUGCUUGACCUCCGCACAAAGGUCACCUGGCUGGUCACGGGCUCAGAGGUCCGGCGGAACGGAAUCCUGCAGAAACAGAACUACGGCUGCUCCCUGGAUCGACUGAGGGUAGGGAAUCGUGUUGGUGUGAAACGCUGCAGUGACGACUCCAUGCACAUCCUGAUUGACGGAGAGGACAUGGGCCCAGCUGCCACUGCAGUAGCCAAGAAUGUGUACGCAGUGGUUGACCUGUACGGUCGAGUGACAGCGGUAUCUGUCGUCAGCUCCACUGUUCUGGACGAGGCUGAGAGCACCAAGGUCCCCUCCCUGUCUUCAGAGGUGUGCAGCGAGGAGGAAGAGGAACCCACUCCGUGUGAGAACGAGGCUCCCCUGGUUCCCACCGCAAUGCAGUUUCUGGAGAAUCAUGGGAAGAACAUCCUGUUGUCCAAUCAGAACCUGACAGCCACCCGCGUCUCCAGCUACAACCAGGGCCUGCUGGUCACGAACCAGCCCCUCCCCCGACAGCAGCUCUUCCAGGUGCAGAUUGAUCGCUUGAACCCCACGUGGACCUCCUCCUUGUCUCUGGGAGUGAUUGGCAGCUGUCUGCAGAGGAGCAGCUUCCCCUCCACUGCCUGCUGCCUCAAGCGCUCGUCCUGGCUGCUGCAGAGAGGCUGCGUCUUCCACAACUCGCUCAAGAUCUGUGACAACUACGGCCCCAACUUGGACACGUGUCCCGAGGGGACGGUGCUGGGGCUGCUUGUGGACGCCAACAGCUGCCUGCACCUGUACGUGAACGGCAUGGACCAGGGGGUGGCGGCCCAAGACAUCCCCAGCCCCUGCUUCCCUCUGCUGGAUCUGUAUGGCCAGUGUGAGCAGGUUACCAUAGUUACCAACGAUGUUCCAGCAGUGGGCGGAGACAGCUGCAACCCCCGUUGCCAAGGUGACAUGGAGAAGGCAGACAUGGUAGAUGGUAUCAAGGAGAGUGUGUGCUGGACCCCUCCUCUUGAGGUGAACCCCAUGAAAACGUGUGAAUACCAGGUGCUGUGCAGCCGCUUCAAAGAGCUGCUCACUCUGCCAGACGGGUACUUCAGUGAAGACCCCAAGGCUAACCUGUGCUACUGUGAGUCGUGCCACAAGCUGCGCGGAGACGAGGCUUACUACAAGAGAGGGGAGCCCCCCCGGGACUACGCUGCGCCCUUCGGCUGGUGCUGCUUCUCUCUGAGGGUUAACCCACGCUGUGAUGUGGCCAACACCUUCAAGAAGUGGCACAUGGCGUACCAUGGAACAAGCGUGGGGGAGCUGCGCAGGACCCUGGACCAGAGCGAGCUCGUCACAGACGGUGCAUCAGUCUUCUCUGCAGCGCAGACCAAGGGUGACGUGCAGAACGGUUACAGCGAGCCAGAGGAGAACAGCGCCCCCGAGAGAGAGGAGGUGAAAGUGCGGCUCUCCCCGACCAUGCGCUACUCCGGUCUGGACAACUUUGCCCCCAAAAUGCAAUUCAGGGACCCCCGCUCUCUGCGCUUGCACCAUGCCCAGGUAGCCCUGCAGGUGUGUGUGCGUCCCGGCUCCUACAAGAUCGGGGCGCAGAGCCUGGGGCUGAGCGAGGCCCUGGACCCCCGAUUCAGCAACAGCGAGAUCGAGUGGAUCAGCAAGGAGAAGGGGAGCACCCUGCUGUACGGGCUCCUGAUCAGGAUAGAGUAGGGGAGGGAAGGAGGAGGGCGUAGGGGGGGAGCUUCAGAAACAUCGAGACUGUGUGAAGCCCUAAUCUGGAGAGAGGCACGGACUCACUUCUUCAGCACUGAUAUACAGACAGCUCUUGGAGCAGUGAGACAGAGAGGGGAGCUGUGGAUCUCAAACUUCAGGAACAUCAAGAUGGAUCUGGAGAGAGGCACGGACUCGCAUACAUCGAGAAGGACCACCAAGGAGAAUCGAGUCAUCUAGAGCGAGGGAGGAGGGAAGCGAGAGGCUUGGGCUCCAGUACUGUCCUGUAGAGCCAGCUCACGGAGCAGAGAUCUGAAACCACAUCAAGUGUUUGACCUGUGACUACAUUUUUUAAUUGAACUUCAAUUACAGCAGCUAGCGAAGCAGAGCACUGUCUGCAGAAGGAUUUGAAAAAUAGCCAGCGCUGUGCUUGUCCCUCUCUCUCCGACAUCCCAGUUAUUUUGGGGAACUAAAAUUCCUCCAAAUGAUUUAAAUAAAACUGAUGAUAUAUAUAUUUUUUUUUUUUUUUUUUGGAAAUGCACAAAUUAAUAGUAACACUUUAGAAUUCUUUUUUAAAAAAUGAAUAAAUGCAAAGUCUAGAUGUGCAAACUUUGGGACAAACUCUGUACGCCUUUGUUUUGGAGUUUGUCGAUGGAGAGGGGAGGCAAGAGGAAUGACGAUUCGUGAAAUUCAAUCAUACAGAACUAUAAACUGGUACACCCAGACAUGUUAAAGGAAGCUUUGAAAAUUCACUGAUGGACGUUUUAAAAGUGUGUUUCAGUGUCUUGGUCAAUGGUCUUGUAUCGUUAGAUGAUGCGGUCUCCCCUAUGCUAAAGCCUGUAGGAUCUCUUCAGAGUCUCAUAAUGGGAUGCUGGCUUGUGAUGCAUUAUACUUUUGCAGAGGUGUGAAUGGUCUUGUUGCAGGUGGUCAAGCGGGCGUUGGGACGUUGAAUUAGAAGUUGGGAAUUGAUAAAAAUAAAUAAAAUAAAAUAUAUAAAUAAAUAAUAAAGAAUUGGAAAUUGAUUUGAACCCCAACCCUGACGCUUUCAGAAAUUGUCCCCACCCCUUUCGGCGGCUUAUUAACCAAUCGGCUGCUUCCCCUAUUGACCGACACGCUUUCAAGCCAGUAACGUGACUCAGGAGACGCUGCUGUAGGGUAUAGAAACUGAGACCCUGGUGUUAGAUCUGGUAUUAAAAUGAGAAUGUGUGUUUCUUUCAAAACUCCACACUUGAACGAUCUAGAAAGUAGAAGGAAUGAUUUUUAGUAGAGUAGGCUUUAUUGGGGAUCAGUAAGUUUAUCACAUGGGGAGUGGAGCCCACAUCUUCCAGUUACACAGGUCUGUGAAUUCAAUCGUCAGAGCUGAAAGUAAACGGUACAAAUGCACUCGGAGGGGUUGACUUCUUACAUAUCCUUUUCAGUUCGCGCUCGGAGCUUGGUGAAGCAGUUUCGUGAACCAAGAUUCUCGAUUUUGAAGGAUAACGUUUUUGAUUUGUUUUAUUAACACGGGGCCGGUUUCACAAAGCACCAGAAGCCAAGAUUUGAAGAUCGAUAAAGUUCAGUAGAAAUCCACUCGUUUGGUCUAAAGGGUGAAAGUGUUAGUUUUUUCAUUUUAUUUUUUAUGAAAGUUCAUUUGGCUGACUGCUACCUGGAGCUGUUUUGUGAAACCAGCCUUUUUUGUUUUUGUCUCCCCUGCACCCCAGUCUCAGUUUUGAGCUCCAAGAGGAGGCGUUUUUAUAUUGCCCUGCAUGGCUUCGCCACCACCCCCUCCCCCAUCACCCUAAAUUCAGCUCCAGGAGCCCUUUCAGAUGCCCCUGUCAUGUGACACCAAGGCUAGUUUCAUGUUGGUUUCAAUCAAACAGGCCUUGGAUUAAUCUGUGGCAAUCGACACAACUGAUUAAAAUACAGAACACCAAGCCGUGCCAAAAGAAACCUGAAAUCCUGUGAGAGGAUUUUGAAAGAGGCUGAUCGUGCAGGGCAGUGAAUACACGUCAGGGGAACACUGGAGGUCCUCGAACGGAUUUCUAAACAAACCCGCCAUGCAGACUGGGGCUGGUGUUGGAGAUUGGACUGGACUGCAGAUGGAAGUGAUCCCAGUUUCAUUUUGAGAUGAGGGUGGACCUUUCCCCCCCCCCCCCCCCCCCCCCCCCCCCAGAUUGGUUUCGUGGCUUGAGAUUCUCUUUAGUAUUGUGACAGUACCACCGAAUCAGUUAAAAAUGGUGGUUCUGUUUCUUCACAGCCAGGGCUUGCCCCGACCCCCCUAUGCGAUCGGUGAAUAGCUUGCAUGCGUCAGAGUUCCGCACCCUCCCUGUCACAUGACACUGGUGUCCAGUGCACUUGGCUUCACCACACAGGUCGAUGGCCUCGCUCCCCCUCCUCCUCCCCAUCCCCAUCCCCCUCCCCAUCAAGUUCAGACUACUUCUGAUGCACUGAUUUAGUUCUAGAAUACCAUCCGGGCCCAAGGAGCUUCUGGGAAAUGUAGUCCAUUUCAGUGACCUUCUGGGAAAUGGAGUCAGUCCCCCUGAGAUUGUGGUUUGGUGGGCUCCGUCCCCCCCACAGUCACAGAAAUUGAGUCUCUCGGAGGCUUCUGGGUACAAGGCAGGUGCCAGUAUGUGUUGUAAUUUAUUUAUUAAACAAACAAGUUUUAAAUGUGACUUUUUUUUUUGGGGGGGGG